GGCGGGAGCGCAUGGCAGGUGGCGGGAAGCGGAGGCCGCGCGGCGCGGCGGGACCGGCCGGAGAGCAGAGUGAGAAAAAUGGAGCUGUCAAGAAGAGAAGAUCGCACCAGGCAGAUAUUCCUGAUAGUCUUUGCCAAGAAGCAGAAACAUGCUAUCGGCUUAGGCUGCCUGAGGACUUCUACCAGUUUUGGAAGUUUUGUGAGGAGCUAGAUCCUGAGAAACCAAGUGAUGCACUUGUGUCAAGUGUUGGACUUAAGCUGGUUGGACCAUAUGAUAUUCUUGCUGGAAAACACAAAAAAGCAAAAUCAACAGAUGUGAACUUCAGUCUUCAUUGGAGAUUCUUCUAUGAUCCCCCAGAAUUUCAGACUAUACUUGUUGGGGAUAGCAGAACACAGUACCACAUGGGAUAUUUCAGGGAUGUGCCAGAUGAGCUGCCAGUGUGGGUUGGUGCAAAUGAAGCGAAGAAGGGUUGUGUGAUUUCACAAGUUGGUGAUAAUGUCUUUGCUGCAGUCAAAUUAUUUUUGUCAAAAAAACUUAAGGAAGUGGCUGAUAAAAAGAAAAAUGCUGUUUUGAAAGACAUAGAUGAAAAGCUAACAAGAACAGCAAAAGAACUGGGUUAUUCUCUGGAACAAAAAACCCUGAAGAUGAAACAGAGAGAUAAGAAAGUGGUGACCAAAGCAUUUCAUGGAGCAGGCCUAGUUGUUCCUGUAGACAAAAAUGAUGUUGGAUACAGAGAACUUCCUGAAACAAAUGCUACUCUUAAAAAAAUUUGCAAGGCCAUUGUUGAUGCUCCGACUGAUGAGGAGAGAGUGAAGGCCUUUGCACCCAUUCAGGAAAUGCUGACCUUUGUUCAGUUUGCUAAUGAUGAAUGUGAUUAUGGAAUGGGGUAUGAGCUGGGCAUGGACCUGUUUUGCUAUGGAUCACAUUACUUCCACAAGACGGUGGGCCAGCUGCUGCCUCUGGCUUACACCCUUCUGAAGAGGAACCUCUUUGCCGAAAUCAUCGAGCAGCACCUGGGCAGCCGGCGGGAGGAGGACGUGGAUCAGCUGGAGCCCUGAGCCGGGCGCGGGGGCUGCAGCUGGGGGCGGCCCUGCGCGCCCGGGGCCGGCCUUGUCCGUGUGUCUCUGGGGCUUUUUGUACUCGGUGGCGGUGUUACCUCGCUCAGUAAAGGUUUUCUAAUGAACGCGCUGCUUCCCGCUGCUGGCUGCACGGCGGGUCCGGGACGGGGGAGCGGGGCUGAGGAGCUGCCCACGGGCGGGGCUGUGGGACCGAGACGCCCGCCUGGCCCUGCCCUGCAGGCCCCGGGAGCCAGGCCCGGGCCGGGGCUGCUGCUCCAGGGCAGCUGAGGGUGGGCGGGCCCCUGCCCAGCACGGCUUGGAGCACCGCGCUGGUGACUCAGGGCACGGCGGGGCCGCUGGGGCUCGGUCACCACCCCCUGUGCCAUAUGCGAACCGAUCCCCACGACCCUGCUCCAGGGGAUGGUUCUGGCCUUCUCCUUUCUCCAGUUGUGUUCUACCCCUCGGGUAAAGCAUUCCUUACUGCAGCAUACUCUUCUGUGGCAAAGCACUAUCCCUGCUCCUGCGUUGCUGGAGCUGGUUCAAGUGGGAGGAAACUGAUGGGAUGAAGGAAAUGCUGACAUUACAAGAGAAAUUAGGAAUGCUACUGCAGUUGCUCCCUUGCUAAUAAGAAGCCAUGUCCAGUUUUAAAUAUUUCA